AAUAUUAUCUUUCAAAAAAUAUUUAUAAAAAUAUGAAGAUUGUAUUUGUAAUCAAUAUAAGAUCCAGGAAAAGACCAUUCUCUAACACCUUAAGAUUUUCGGAGAAUUGAUCACUUAACAUGGUAGCCAUUCUCUAACACUAUCUGCAAUUACCAGCAACCAUGUAAGCAACAACAAAUGUCACUUUGAAAAAAUCAGUUGAAAAUUACAUUUAUUUGCAUAAUAAGUUGCCAGUGAUUGCAAAUUGUGAAAAUGAGUGCCUCGGAAACAAUUACAAAAUAUAAAAAACAAUCACAAAAUCACAACUAGAUGACUGAGGUUGUGGGGCUUGAUUGAAGGUUACAACGGUUGAUUGGGUGGAACAGGGGUGAUGUGUUAGUUUUGUGUGGCGAUGCCGCAUACGAAGGGAUAAGUUUAGUUGAUGGGUGGACUGUACAAUGGUGAGCGGAGUUCGAUUUGGAUGAUUGAAAAUGAGACUAUAUGACAUGUGGCAGCUUUCAGCGUCGAGGUGUUGUGUUACGGAGACGCAGACAGUGGCGAAGAAAUAGCAGAGGGGGGUUAUUCAUCUGAGAUAUAGGUGUUGCGGAGGUUUGGGCUGUCGAUAGAGUUAUAAUCGGAAUCACAGUCGAGGAGGUUGCGUGGGAAGAAGCCAGGAGCAGAAGAGUUGGUAUGGUUUGAGAAGCUGAUGGGGAGGAUGAAUGGUUGGGAAAGAGGUGUAAACGUUGGCGAAGAAGAUGAAUGUGGGCUUUUUAUCAAAGUGAAUUCCCCAGGAUGGUUUACAUUGAGACACUCAAGUGAUUAUGUUCUCAGUUAUGCAUUGCCGCGCCUGCUGCUACAAUUAUCCUUGAUCUUCAUCCUCACUCAUUCCCUUCAUGUACUUCUCAGGCGCUUUCAUCUGCCGCGGAUUGUUUCUAAAAUAUUGGCUGGAGUUAUACUAGGAAAAACAGUUUUUGGUCAUUUGUCCGGAGAUAUGCAAAAAAGACUUUUUCCAGAGGAUGAUGCUCUCCUGUACUCAUUGUCGAGAUUUGGAUUUAUUUUUUACAUGUUCAUGGUUGGAGUGAAGAUGGAUUUCAACAUGAUAUGGAAAGUUGGAAGAAAGGCGGUAACCAUAGGCUUGGGUGCCUCGUUGGCCCCCAUGAUCACUGCGGCCAUACUGUGGGCAAAUUUAGCUCAGUAUUUUCCCCUAUAUCAAAGAUCAGCGAUUUUAACUGUUAUCAGAAUCAAAAUCAUCACUCCAUUUCCUGUUGUUGUUGCUCUCUUAGUUGAUCUAAAGAUCAUGAAUACAGAGAUUGGCCGCCUUUCUUUGGCAGCAGCUCUAGUAGCUGAUUUGAUUGCUGAAGGAGGUCUGGUAGGACUAAAUGCUUACAGAAUCUUGGAAGAGUCAUUGAGUCUAUCUAUGGCCUGGCUGGGAUUCAUUCAGUCUUUUGUCAUAAUUACGUGUGUUUUGGUGGGAACACGGCCAUGGUUCUCAAGAAUCAUCUUAAGGACACCAGAAGGAAAGCCAGUGAGGCAAGGGUACCUUGCAUUCAUUUAUCUGGCAGUUCUUUUUACAGCCUUCCUAUGCACCAAUUUGGGGCUCCCAGAUUUCUAUAUCCCUUUUCUGCUUGGUUUGGCCAUCCCCAUCGGUCCUCCUCUGGGUUCGACACUUGCAAUCAAGUUGGACACAUUUGUAUCAGGCUUGUUGGCUCCAUUGAUGAUAAGCAGUUUCUCACUAUGGAUUGAUUUAACAGACUUUUCUGAUAUCGACUUUUUGAAAACUAUAUGUAUGAUCACCUUGGCAGGCAUUACUAUUAAAAUUGUCUUUGUUUUAGGACCAGCAUUACUAAACAAUCUGCCUGUAAGAGAUGCUAUUACUAUCAGCAUAAUCAUGAGUGCCCAAGGAAUAGCUCAAGCUGCAUUCUACGAUAUGAACUACAGGAACCAGAAUAUAGACAGUGAAACCUUUUCCUUGGUAAUGAUGUUGAUGGCCUUACUAGCAGCCGCUGCACAUCUCUCUGUGAAAUGCCUUUAUGAUUACUCAAAAAUAUAUAGAGGCUAUGAAAAAAGAAGCAUUUUAAGCACUCUGAACAAUUCCCAGCUCAAAGUAUUGGUCUGCUCCCAGAGAUCUGAUGAUGCCAUGGCAGCUAUGAAGCUUUUAGAAGCUUCAAGUUCCAGAGAAGCUCCCACACAGGCCUAUGCGCUUAACCUGGUGGAACUUGUUGGCCAGGCCACGCCACUCAUAAUCAAUCACGGAGUGGGUCAAAAGUUUUACUCUGGACACACUCCUUCGCGACAAAUAAUUAAUCUCUGGAAAAAUUUUGAACAACAGUAUUCUGGAUUGGUUUCCGUCCAGGCCUUCACUUCAGUGUCACUUCCAAGAUUCAUGCAUUUCGACGUUUGUUCUGUCGCCUUUGACAAUUCAGCAUCACUAAUCAUACUCCCCUUUCAUCGGAAAUGGAAUCAGCAUGGCAAGAUUAUACUGGAAAACACUCUGCAGAGGACAGUAAACCGGGAGGUACUGGGAACAGCUCCUUGUUCUGUAGGUAUUCUAGUGGAUCGUCGUAAAAUACGCACUGAACCUUCUACUGACCAACACAGACAAUCAAGAUAUCAUGUUGCAGUCAUAUUUUUGGGAGAAAAUGACGAUAGGGAGGCUUUGGCCUAUGCCAUGCGUAUGGCAAAGUCGACGAGAAUUCAGUUGAGUGUCAUUAGGCUUGUUCCCUCUGAAGUGAGUGAAGAGAACUGGGACGCGGUUCUUGAUAGAGAAAUGUUAAGGGAGACAAAGAUAUUGAGCAGGCAACAGAGCAAUAUUGUUUAUAGAGAAGAGACUACUAGUGAUGGCGGAGAGACUGCUCUGAUAGUGAAUUCAAUGGUGGAUUCCUUUGAUUUGAUAAUGGUUGGGAGACACCAUAGAGAGCAUUCACCGCUCUUAGCGGGUCUGUCGCAAUGGAAUGAUAUACCAGAGCUGGGGGCAGUAGGUGACAUUUUGGCAUCUGCGGAAAUUAACAGACCAGCUUCAGUCUUGGUGGUGCAGCAACAAAUUGUCAAGUGAAUUAUUGGAAGUGAUUAAACUCAAACCAAUCGUUCUAUGAGCUGCAAGUUGUCAAAAAUCAAAGAUUAAUCUUAUAGAUUUUGAUUAAAUACUCAUUUGUACUUGCACUACAUGCCUUGACAAUAUGCUGGAGCAUAACUUAGAAGUUUA